AACCUUAGAGUCACGUGGCUCUCCACAUCUACACCUAUGAGUUGUUGUUUAUCUUCAUUGAUAACGAGUAUCGUUGUUGUUUAAAGUUAAAGGAUCGUUUCUCUUGAUUGAUAGUACUGAAUACCAUUAUAAUGUCAGUUAAGAUAGCUGUGGUAACUGGUGGAAAUAAAGGUAUUGGUUUUGCAAUUGUAAAAGCACUUUGUCAGAAGUUUGAUGGACACGUAUAUCUAACAGCUCGUGAUGAACAAAGAGGUAGAAAUGCUGUAGCUGAACUUGAAAAAUUAGGAUUGAAACCAAAAUUUCAUCUUUUAAAUAUAAGCAGUUUAGACAGUAUUUGUCAGUUUCGAGAUUAUUUAAAAGAAAAUUAUGGUGGCUUAGAUGUUCUUGUAAAUAAUGCUGCUAUAGCUUAUAAAGUAGAUUCUAAAGCUCCAUUUGGUGAACAAGCAGAGAAUACAGUUGCAGUCAAUUUUUUUGAUACCUUAAAUGUAUGCAAAGAAUUAUUUCCACUUUUGAAACCUCAUGCCAGAGUUGUGAAUGUAUCCAGUGUGUGUGGAUUAUUAUCAAAAGUUGGCAAUGAAAACCUCCAGAAAAAAUUCUCAUCUCCUGAUUUAACCAUAGAAGAACUUUGUUCACUGAUGAAAAAAUUUGUUGAGGAUGCAAAGAAUGGUGUUCAUCAAGAAAAUGGUUGGGGAAAUUCUGCAUAUUGUGUCUCUAAAGUUGGAUUAUCUGCUUUAUCGUUCAUAUAUCAAAGACAAUUUGAUAAAGAUCCUCGUCCUGAUCUAGUUAUUAAUCCUGUUCAUCCAGGAUAUGUUGAUACUGAUAUGACCAGUCAUAAAGGUCCAUUAACUCCAGAUCAAGGUGCUGAAGCUCCAGUAUAUGCAGCUUUACUUCCAAAGAAUGUGGAUAAACCUAGAGGACAAUUUAUUUGGAAUGACAAAACUAUUGUUGAAUGGAAAUAACUUGAAUAUUGUUUUGCAAAAUUUUUAAAAUUAUUCUAAGAAAAUUCCAAUAACAUAUACAUAAAUAAUACAUAUUUUUGUUAAAAACUUAUAUUUGUUGAUGGAAACUAAUAUUAAA